AUGCCUCGCCGGACUGCCUCGGUCGCGGGGCUCCUGUCGUGGGCAGUGGUCCUCCAGAGCCUGGCCGGCCCCGAGCCCGCAGCGGGGCUCUUCCAGACGCCCGCGCAAGAGGGGGCCUCCCCGCCAGAAGCUGCCGCAGCCUCCGCUCGCCCGCGGCACCCGGCGCUCAUGCUGCAGCUGUACCGGUCGCUGGCUGCCGGGACCCGCCCGCGCCAGCCCGCCGCCCUGCGAGAGGCCGACUCGAUCUUCAGCCUGGCGGCCCGAAAUUCAUUCCAGUUUGGUGACCACUGGGUCUUCUCCUUCGAUAUGACCUCUAUUUCCAGCAGCUCUGAUGUCAGGCUGGCUGAGCUCCGGGUUCGCUUCCAGUCAUUCUCCCAGUCCAGGAAUGUCACAGUGAGCAUAUACCACAGCCACGAUCACAUCUGCCAUGGGAACCAGACCUGCACAGAGAAAUUCUUCCUUGGCUCAUUCAUCAGCAAUGCUUCUGCUGGACAUUCCUCCUGGAAAGUCUUCAAUAUCACCAGCUUGCUCCGCUUUUGGCUCCACCAAGGGGUGCCAUCUGGCAGGAGUGAUCCAGAAGUUGUAGAGGAGGACUGGAUGGAGGGAAACCUGUAUGAAGAUGAAGGCCAAGGAGGAGCAGUUAGUGGGGUCCAGGCUGCAUUUGUACACAAUGGAUCUGGAGAAGCCGCACAGGUAUCAAGCCACAGCAGAACUGACAGAGUCCUCUUGGUUGUCUUCUCCAAAGAGAAGGAACUGGAGGAGCCUUCUCAGGGCCCAAGUCUCAUCAGGACAGUAGAGAUGUCCAAGCAUGUCAUCUUGGCACAUGCUUCUGAAGACCCUGGAAAUCGUCGGCACCGACGGAACAAAAAGCAAAAGCAGAGGAUUAAAUUGAGCAACAACCACACCCCUGGCAAGUCUCUGUGCAAGAGGGUUGAUAUGAUGGUGGACUUUGAGAAGACUGGCUUUGGAGACUGGAUUGUGCACCCCAAGAAGUACAACGCCUACCGAUGCGAGGGAGACUGCCCAUCUCCAGUGGAUGAGACCUUCAAGCCCACCAAUCAUGCCUAUGUUCAGAGCUUGCUGAAGGCUUACCAGCCCAAUCGGGUGCCUUGUCCGGCUUGCGCUCCAGUCAAGCUGAGCCCGCUGUCCAUGCUCUACUAUGAGAAGGGUGCAGUGAAGAUCCAUCACCACGAGGACAUGAUCAUCGAUGAAUGUGGCUGCAACUGA